AUGGAAGGGCUGCCAACAUCCUUGGGCGCGUCAUCGACGCUGCCGAGCAUGUCGCUCUCGGAUAUUUUGCAGCAGUCACGAAAGCUUACGAACCAACUGGGACGCGAUUCGGACCUGCCGGCCAUUCAGCUGGGCAUUGACCAAAUUGAGAGCCAGAGCCGCAAGCUCGUCAGCAAGAGUGUACGAAGUGGGAAUCCAUCCGCAGAUGCACGCGCACACUACCUUCUUGCGAGCGGUGGCAUCGAUGCGACACAACUGUCGAAUGCCAUCCAACAAACGAACAUUGCCAAUACCUUUGAGCCAUUGCAGCCAGUCUUCGACACGGACAUGGAGGGCUUUCUUCGACACGAGCACGAGCAAGUGAUUCUCAGCAUGAUUGAGGAAGGCCGUAGGGAUGCGCAGGACGACUUUCAGCAGGGACUGAGUCGUAGUCUACACAGCGAUUGGCAGUCGCGUAAGCAGAGGAUUCUUGAAGAACUUGGACAACACCGCACAUCGGAUGAAGCCAAUAUCUCACUUCGUCGAUCUACGCUUGGCAUGUCGGCUUCCAUGACUGAUGCGCCCAUGACUCCAGCAGCAAGUCGGGGAACGAGCGAUGCUUCUGUCAUGCAGCACAGUCGCACGAUUCGCUACGACACGGUCAUGGCGAGACUGAAUCGCGCACGUUUGGACGGUACUACUAUGCCUCUGAUUCACGCGUUGAUGGAGACAGUAGAGUCGUUUACACAGGAUCCUGCGCGGAAACGUGCACUCCUCGAUGCCUGGGUCGCACUUAAGCACAUGGUCCACGAAUCACAAGCGGACGCCAUACCAACACCCGUGCGUGCUCGUGAAUAUGCACCUGUGUACAUGGAUGUAGAUGCCUUCCAAUGUACUCCAGCUGGCACCGCUCUCCGAGAGAAGUGGGUUCGUGGAGCUCGUGCAUUCCUUGAAGCGCAAUUCGCCGAGUAUGUCGAGCAGGUAAUAGCGUCGAAUCCACUCAAAGCACAGCGGGGUGGCGUACCUAGUGCGCGGGCGACAGCCGCCGCCUUCCUUCGUGUGCAGUUGCGAACGGCCGAGGGGGCAUGGCCUACGGGUCUUUCGCGCCCCCUGGACGCGCACACCCACGUGCCGUUGUGGGCGCUUGUGUACCAUUUAGUGCGCAUGGGCCAUACGUCUGAGGCGUUGACUUGCGUUCAGGACAACGAAGAUGCGCUUCAAGUGUCAGACUCGUCGUUCCUCGCUUUCUUUAAAGCAUGGGCUGACGAUGCGCAACGACAGCUGCCUCGCAGCAUGCGUGAUCACUGGAUGGGCGAGUAUGUGACGCGGUUCCGAAAUAUGGCACCAGAGGACCCAUACCGAUACGCCCUGUACCGGCUGAUGGGCCGCUUCGAUGUAACGAAGAAGUUUCCGGCGCCAUUGGUCAUGAGCACAGAAAACUGGCUCUGGCUCCAACUCUGCCUUGUAAGUGAAUCGGCAGCCGCAGCCGAACCGGCCGAUGUGCAAGCGCCGACUCUGCAAACGUAUACAUUGCAUGAUUUGGCGAAUAAGCUGGAGAAGUAUGGCGAGGCACAUUUCGACCCGAAAGGACAUCGCCCGCUCCACUACUUCCAGCUGCUCGUUCUUGUCGGACGCUUCGAGAAUGCCAUUGCCUUCCUGCACUCACGCGCCGCUUACCAGGUGGAUGCCAUUCACUUUGCCAUUGCGUUGACGUACUAUGGCCUGCUGCGUGUAUCGCGAGCGUCGCAAGCGCCGUCGUUCGACUACCUAACGACGAUCGACCACGUCGCUUACCUGGACCUGGCCAAGAUGCUCCGUCGGUUCAUUGGCAGCACGUUUGCUCAAGCGUCGCGUCGAGAUGCGCUCGCCUACAUGAGUGUGCUGUGCUUGAAUGCUGACUGUGCGCCACCCAUUGGCGCUGAACAGGUUGAGCGUUGCCACGAGCUAGUCCAAGCUCUGCUGCUCGAAUCGCCCGCAUCGGCCUAUGCUGAGCUGUUGGGAGACAUCAAGAGCGAUGAUAUCCGUGCGCCCGGUCUGAUCGAGCAGCAAGGGCCGCUGCUACAUCUGACAGAUCGCGCGACACUGCUGCACGACGUUCUUCUUCCUGCUGCCGAGCAGUGUGUGCGUGAGCAACGCAUGACCGAUGCUAUUCUUCUCUACAACUAUGCUCAAGAACGGGACACGGUUAUGAGUGUGUUGAACCGCGAGCUUAGCACGACACUAAUGGAGCCUGCGGAUCUUUCAGAUUGGUCCUUGCCUGUGGAAGAAGGAAUGGUGCCUCUCACAUCGUCAGCGCACAUCGUCACGCUCGCACGCGCCGUGCUGGCGAAUUACGAGCAGCAAGGACAUACGAGCGCACAGAUGCAAGUGUGCCACACGCUUCUAGACCUGAAGCGCGCGGCCUCGUUGUACCGAGCAGAGCAGCUGCCCGCAGCACUGCAGGUGCUGGAGACCUUGCGCCUGCUGCCGUUGGAUGCAGAGUCUCGCAAAGACGUCAUGUCGAUCACUCGGAAGGCCGAAGAAUUCAAAGCUUACGACGAUACCAUAACGAAGAACUUUUCCGAUAUCGUGCUGAUGGCCAUGAACCUGCUGUACAAGCUGCACCAGACUCUGAAGGACAGCAUGGACCGGACGAACUCCACCGUGCUUUUCGAGUACCAGAGUCAGGCCCGCGCACUUAUGAUGUGGGCUGGCAUGCUUCGCUUCCGGAUGAGCAACGAGACAUACUGUCAACUUACACGACUGGAUGUAUAUGUACGUGGAUAUACACAAGGAUAA